GCUUUACUUCUAAGGAAGCUUCAACAGAAAAAGGCGUGUCUAAAGAACAGGUUCCAACUGGUUUCACAAAUGAAAGCAAAACAAACUGAAAGUAUGGUCUUACUCACGGAAGCUUUAUCUUUUGGUGUCUUUAGAAAAAUAUAAACCAUUAAAAUGAGGCUGUUUUUGUAUGUGAUUUUCCUGAUUCUUCUCAGCCUUUUGGGAUCUCAAUCAGAGCAAUUACAGGUGGUUGGUCCAGCAGAUCCACUUGUUGUUGUAGCUGGUGAAGAUCUGAUUCUGCCCUGUUUUACCAAAUCCAACACCAGUGUUGUGGACAUGAGAGUGGAGUGGUUCAGACUGAAUGUAGAAGACUCAUUAGUGCAUCUCUAUAUGGAUCAUGAAGACAGAAAUGAAAAUCAGGCUUUGCUGUACAGGGAAAGAACAUCACUGUUUAAAGAGGAGCUACAGAAAGGCAACGCUUCACUCAAACUCUCAGCUCUCAGAGUCUCUGAUGAAGGAAAAUAUAAGUGUCUCAUUGAGGACAAAUCACAAUCUGAUGACAUCACUGUGAAUGUCAUUGUUGAGGUUCAGGGAAGCCAGCCAGUGAUCAUGAUGGAGAAUUAUGAUAACUCAGGAGGGAUUCAUUUAGUGUGUGAGUCCAGAGGCUGGAACCCUGAACCUGAGAUUCUGUGGCUGGACGAAGAAGGAGACACUCUGCCUGCUGAAGACACUCAGAUACACAGAGACACUGAGGGCUUCAGUGUGAAACGCAGCAUCACUGUUUAUGAUUAUAGCGACUCCAACAGAUUUUACUGCAGACUUCGACAAAUUCAUCACAUGAUGGAGACAGAAAUGAUCAUUAACAAUAAAGUCUUUGAUGUUUGGAAGUGGAUCGUCAGCGUUUCAGUUUCAUCAUGUCUUAUUGCUGUCGGAUCGAUUAUAACUGCAGUUAUCUGUUACAAGAAAGAGCUUCAAAAGCAAAAGCAAAAAGCAGAGUUUUUAAAGAAGUUGUUUGCAGUGGAUGUGACUCUGGAUCCUGAUUCUGCACAUCCUGAACUCAUCCUGUCUGAUGAUGGAAAACAAGUGAGAUGUGGAGACACAAAACAGAAUCUCACUGAUACUCCACAGAGAUUUACUUAUUAUCCUGCUGUUGUGGGAAAUCAGAGUUUCUCCUCAGGGAGAUUUUAUUAUGAGGUGCAGGUCAGAGGGAAAACUCACUGGAUAUUAGGAGUCAUGAGAGAAAAUAUUAACAGGAAGGAGUGGAUUAUAGAGACCUCAGAAUGGAUUCUGGACUGUGGGACUGUAUGAUAAUCAGUAUUUGGCUCUUGCUGAUCCUCGUGUCCCCCUCACACUGAGAGAGAAGGUGGAGAAGUUGGGGGUGUUUGUGGAUUAUGAUGAGGGUCUGGUCUCCUUUUAUGAUGUGAACUCCAGAUCUCAUAUCUACUCUUUCACUGGUCAGACUUUCACUCACAAACUCAUUCCAUACUUCUAUACUUGGUAUAAUGAUGGAGCUCCACUGAUCUGUAUUUAAUACUGAAUACAUUUUUCACCUCACAGUUUUAAUCAUCUAUUAAAUGUUGAAAAUAAAAAUAGUGUUUUUUCUGGUAAAUUUUAUAAAAACAUUUUCCAUGUUAAAGUUUUGUACAGUUUUAUUUUAAUACCUGUU